CACCAAAUGUAUCGGAACAUGUCAGCAGGAGCCAUUUUAUUCCGGGAAUGAAACUUCGAUUUCCUAAAAAACACUAGCGAUUCUCCUCGACAUCAAUUGCAGUGUGUCGUUGAAUCGAAUGGUGAACCUUUUCAUAAGGCAAUGCGAAGGAAUUGGGUCUGUCUCCAUGGCUUAGUGUGCUGUAGCAGCUGGACCCAGGCAGAAGUCUCUCUUCCUCGUUCUCCUUCAUCCCUUCUUCCAGCGGUGAUCACCGUCUCCGUUGGCUCUGUUCUGGUUUCGCUGUGGCGAGGCUCGAAGUCAACAUCAGAGUCCGAUGAAGACUCUUCAUCAGCAACGUCGAUUUCAAGCUCAAUCGCCAAUCCAACUCCAACUCUGCUAUUUUCUGCAGCAUUUACAAUGCUGUCAGUGCGUCCAUUCGUUUUGGUUCGGCUUGCCAUUGUGAACUACACACAUUAGAUCAUCGUGACAUCACACCGGGACGGUAACUGCCCCUGCUGGUUACUAGGGAGCCCCCUGAUUUCCUCCCCUGUGGAGAUGGAGCCCCAGGGGCUGCCCAGAGCAGAGGGGGAUUAUGAGAUGUUGGGUCUGCUGGUGCCCAGUCCCCAGAGUGAGGCGGUCACCCAUGAGCUGGAGGAGCUGACCCUGCAGCCCAGCAGCAACCUGCCCCCCCUCAACGAACGCAAGAACGUCCUUCAGCUGAGGCUACAGCAGAGACGUACCCGUGAGCAGCUGGUAGACCAGGGCAUCAUGCCUCCUCUAAAGAGCCCAGCGGCAUUUCAUGAGCAGAUACGCAGCCUAGAGAGAGCCAGGACUGAAAACUUCCUGAAACACAAGAUCCGCAGCCGACCAGAGAGAUCUGAACUGGUCAGAAUGCACAUCCUCAAGGAGACUGGGGCAGAGCCCUCCCUGCAGGCCACCCAGAUGAAGCUGAAGAGGGCCAGGCUGGCUGACGACCUGAAUGAGAAGCUGGCCCAGCGCCCCGGCCCCAUGGAACUGGUAGAAAAGAACAUUCUGCCUGUAGAACCCAGAGUCAAGGAGGCCAUCAUUGUAAACUACCCCAAAGCGCUGGACGCGUACGGGUUUGAGGAGGACAGCGGGGACGCCCUGUCUCCAGAGCAGCCGGCCAGCCAUGAGUCCAAGGCCUCCACACCCUCCCCUGGGGAACCUCGGGCCCUGGAGGCCCCCUGCCCACCACCGCUGCCCACAAUAACCAACAAUCACACAAUCCUACAGCCCUUUCCUGUUGUCACCCAGACAACGGCAGACUUCCUCAAAGCUCUCUCCACCAAAGAGCUGCCAGUCAGUCGCCCAGCACCCGCGUCUCAGCCAAUCGUCACUGUCGUUCCUUCAAAGCCAGGGCCCACCCUAGUGAAACAAAGCCAGCCCAAACAGCCGGGAGAGAGGAAUCGCAGUAAGAAGGGCAAGGAGCCAAAGCCCCGGGUAAAGAAGUUAAAGUACCACCAGUAUGUCCCCCCAGACCAGAAACAGGAGGCCAGCGAUGCCCCCAUGGACUCAUCCUACGCCAAGAUCCUCCACCAGCAGCAACUCUUCCUCCAGCUGCAGAUCCUCAACCAACAGCAGCAGCAGCACUACAACUACCACACCAUCCUCCCAGCACCCUUAAAGCCUGUAGCUGAAGGUCAGAACAGCGGCGUGAGCGGCCUGCCAACCUCUAUAGUGCUGUCCCUGCCUCCUGCCCCCCAUGUCACUGUCCCUCCUCCCGCCCCUGUCCGUCCCAACAACAGCCUGUCCAACCGCAAGCCUGGCCACCUGCCUCCUAACCUGGAGGACAUGAAGGUGGCCGAGUUGAAACUGGAGCUGAAAUUGCGAAGCCUCCCUGUCUCGGGGACCAAGACUGAUCUCAUCGAGAGGCUGAAGCCCUACCAGGAGAGUCCCAGCACCCCUACCACAGUCCCAAGCCCUGGCCCUAAAACCCUCCCCUCCUCAGUUCCCAUAGAGGUUGGCUCAUCCCCUGCACUUCUCUUACCUGCCCACCAGGUGGCACCAGAGAGCAUGAGCGCCACACCCCCAGUGUCCCCAAUCCCCACAGACCUCGCCACCUUCAGAGACGAUGGAGGGAUGCCCAGGGUAUCCACGCUCCUUUGCGACCCCCAGAGGGUGAGCCUCUGUCGGACAGGCACUGGGAUGUCCCACCUUGGGCUGGGUGUUGUCCCGGAGGAGAAGGACCGGCGGCUCCAUGAGAAGGAACGUCAGAUCGAGGAGCUGAUGAGGAAGCUGGAGCAGGAGCAGAGGCUGGUGGAGGAGCUCAAGAUGCAGCUGGGGGUGGAGAAGAAGACCCAGGGACCCUCAGACCCUGUCCCCAUGAUCCAGACCUCCAACGCAGUCAAAAUGGAAGGCAGGGUCCUUCCUAACUGCUCAGCCAUGGUUAACUCAACCCUGGCCCCCCAGACUAUCCCCACUGUGGUGAAGGUAGAGGAUGUCAUUUGUAACUCCAGACCCCAUUCCCAGCCCAAUCCGGCCCCCAGCCUGCCCCAGUUCUUCAUCAGCCACCAGGGGAGAGUGUCCCAGGUUCUAGGCCAGCCUGUUUCCCAGACCCUACUCACGGCCCAGGAUGGCUCUACUCAGAUCCUCCUUCCUGUCCUCCAGGCUACGUUGUCAAAUCAAGCCCCAGGUCUGAUGCAAGCCUCCAUCUCCCAGCUGCAUACCACCAAGAUGGAGACAGCCUCCACUCAGCAGAUAACUAAUCACAACCACAUUUUGCAGACUGUUACAGUUUGUAACAGCCCUGGCUCUGGGAUGGUGGAGAACCAGACUAGGCCCGACAUGCCUCCCCAGUGUUUCCUGAGCAGCUCCCCAGAUAACAGGCUCUCUUCCCGUGGGGCUUCACCCAUCCACAACCUUUCCAAUGGGCCUGUUAACAAGUCCCCCUCUCCAUCCCAGCCCGCCUUCAUCCUCCACCCCUCCUCCCUCGUUACCCAGCCCCCCAAGACCAGGGAGCCACCCCGCUACGAGGAUGCAGUUAAACAGACCCGCAACCUGCAGCAGGCCAACAACCUCACACAGGUUUCCACGGCAACCAGCCAGCAGAUGGACGACCUGUUUGACAUCCUGAUUCAGAGUGGAGAGAUCACUCCAUUCAUCCAGCAGGACCUGCCUUCUCUAAGCACUAAGUCUGUCCCUGUGACAGCCAACAUCACUACCCUCCCUGUCAACACCGCCCUGUCCAGAACCCCUCCACAGAUCCAGGUAGCUCCCCCUCCCACCCCUCCCUUCGACUCCCUGCCCCUCCCCAGCCUGGCCUCCGACAACCAGCUGGAGGCCUUCCUGGAGGGGACUCUGAACAACCCGUCCCCAACCACGGACCCCCGCACCCUGGGUCUGAUUGAGGAGUUGCAGUCCCAGCUCCUUGAUCAACCUUACUCUCCCAUGGACACCUCAGAGCUGUCCUUCUGCGACUCCACGUCUCCCCCUUCCUCCCUCAACAUGGGCCUCUCCGACACAGCCCUGGACAACAUGGAGUGGCUGGAUCUAACCAUGCCGUCCGACCCCGCGGGGGGGCUCACACCCCUUGGGAUUCCUUCAGACUUCCUGGAUACACACGACCUGCAGCUGCACUGGGACUGAGGGAGAAGGAGAUGGAUGGAGUGAGUGAGGAAGGAAGGGGAGGAGUGGUGUAGGGAUAGAGGGACUCAAGGUAACAAUUGCAGACCUGGUGAGGUUAGUCCUCCAUGUGUAUUUAAAACGUAAAAAAAAUGUUAAAAAAUUAUGCCAUAUAAUAAGAUUAGCCAGCUGGUGAUCAGGGCAUUGGAUGUUUCAUAGGAGUACUGGGACCAGAGCCAAAUGAACAAGGAGGCAGACGGUAUGUAAAUAUCCUGUAAAUGAGAGUUAUUUGAACCAGAACAAGGUUAAUGUUCCCUCAGCACUGCGGGAGUUUUUAUUGAGUUGGGCAAAGCUUUCACUACACGACACAUGGCAGUCAGCCUUACGCUGUUCAGCUUUCCUUGCUGUGAACUUGGCAUGCGUUUCACAUCGGUCAUGCUACAGGGUCUGGAUCUACAGCCACUGCUCUGUGGAAGCAUGCUGCUGUGCCAUACAGUCAGUCUGAGAAUGUGGUUUGUUUAUUACAGAUCUGUUGUGCACAAGCCACGACAAACAGCAUAACUGACACAAGUAAAACUGACAGAGUACAAGGCUGUUUUACACUGGUCUUUUUUUUGCGACAUACCUAUAUUUGGUAUUGCGACAUAGCUACAUAUUGUAUUGGAUGAGACUGUUUUUUUCCUGAACUAAACAGACGCUAUGGUCAGUUGGACUUUUUAAGCUAUGAACUGAACUGACACUGAGAACAAAGACUCACUCCUAUUGGAUGAGGAGGAGUGGACUCCUCCCACUAUGAGCUAUGCACUAAGGAGGCGGGCCUUACACUUGCACCUCACACAAGGAAAUCUGAAUCACAGAUAAAGAUUUUAAUGAACCGUUUCUUGACAAAAUGACGAUCCACGUGUUGGUUAUCUUUGUGUACUUUCAAUUCAAAGAUUCCAAGUUGAUCUGUCUGAAUGAAAAUGGAGACUUUACAUUGUUGGCAGCUUUAUCUUCUGAAAGACAACUGACGUAUCAGUGGCAAGGGAACAAUUAUGCUAUCACACAGGUACACUACAUAGAGGUUAAUGUGUGUAUACUUACUGUAUGCUAGCCUGGUCCCAAGUCUGUCUGUGCUCUUGCCAACUCCAUUGCUCAUUGCCAAGCAUGUUUGACAUGACAAUGAGUGACAAGAAGUUGGCAUGAUAGUCUGAGUGCCAGUUGUUUUGUAUCCUACAAGUGUUUGUGACAUGUUUUAAUGUGGCCGCAUGACCUCUGGCAGAAAGAGGUGCUAUACUGUAAUCUUCUCUGUCUGUCCUGAAGUCUCUGUCAAAUCUCUGCAUUUGUCUCUGUCUCUCACUGUGUGUCUGUGGUUCUGUCUGAGAAAUUAUGCAUGUGCCUGUCUGCAUGUGUGUCUCUAUGUGCCCUUUCUGUAAGUCUCUGUGUUGUUGAAUGCACGUUUUAAACAAUGUCUGAUAUCGGGCUAUAUUUGUCUCUGUCACUGAGUUGGCUGCAACUCACUUGAGGAGUCUUUAUUUUGAUGAAGUUGGACGUUCAUAAGACAAAUGAACAACUUUCAUAGGCUGAGUUUUUAAAAGGUUUGUCUCACAGAACAGCUUUGUAUGACUGUUCCAUCUGUCCUGUUUGGUUUGUGUUAUGUGGUAAAACGCAUAGUAAACACCCACAGUGGUGUGACCAACAGAGUUAAACUAAAAGGGAUGACAUUAAGCUUCUGGUAUAGCUACCAUUUUGUGGCUGAAUUUGAUGAUGAUGUUUAUACGUAUAAUGCCUUUUUAAAUGUGCAUUGUGUAGUUCUACCUGGCAUAUCAUGUCAAACGAGUUUAGUAGUAUUCAGCAUCUCAAUCCAAAUAUUAUUCUGAUCAAUAUUGUAUAGAACUAAUACAGUUGUACUGUACAGCACUUUGGAAUAUCAUGGCUUUAUUUUUAUGUUUGAACAAUCAUUCUUAUCCAACAAGUCAAACACUAAGGAAAACCUAUAGGCAGGUAAUAAUGCCAAAUACUGUACACACUCUGUUACCAUUAGGAACCAGAUGCUUUUAACUGUGGUUUAGGGCUAUCAAGGAAUUAUUUGUUUUUCAAUUGUUGCCUAAUAAGGCAGUGAAACAUUGGUGAAUAUCUAUUGUUGCCACUUUUUUAAAAUUGUAUUUAUCACAUUUUUGUGUUUAUAAAAUCAAUCGUUUUUUCUGUAUAUAUGCAAGAGGAAGAUUACUGUAAAUGUUUUUUACCACCCAUACCAGAAAUAUAUGGCCAAAUGCAUCUAUAUACAUGGGUAUGCUGUAAAAUAUCAUAGUUGGAUUCUAAAACAUUCUGAAUCAUGUCAAACCUGUGUACUACUACUGUUAAUAGGAUGUUAGUGAAGCAAUAGGGCCAUAGCCUUACACUUACAGUACUGGUGCAUUUGUGUUGUCACUAUCUUAUAACAAGAUGUCAUCAUGUUGAUCAUUGCAAGCAAAUAUUGAUUUGGGCCUUACCUAAUUCUGUGGCUUCUGAAUGGUACGGUCUCCCGUUCAACCCUGGUUCUUAGUCUGAAACGUAACUACACUGAACAAAAGUAUAAAUGUUAUAGUUCAUAUAAGGAAAUCAGUCAAUUGAAAUAAAUUAAUGUGGGCCUAA